AUGGCCGGAGCUGGCGCCGCUGCGUCGGCGCUUUCCAGCCCCUGGAGGGCGCUGCUCCAGAGAGCGCUGGACGCCAACGGCCACCUCAGGCACUCCACCUUCUUCCAACUCGCCACGGUGGGCGCCGGCGGCAGGCCGGCGAACCGCACCGUCGUGUUCAGGGGUUUUCAGGAACACUCUGAUAAGAUUAUGAUUAAUACGGACGCCCGAAGCAACAAGAUUGGUGAGAUCAAGAGCUGCCCCUUUGGUGAGAUUUGUUGGUACUUCACAGAUAGCUGGGAGCAAUUCCGUAUCAGUGGCAGCAUAGAUGUGAUUGAUGCUUCUAGUGCAGACCCUGCCAAGCUCCAGCACAGGGAGGAAGCAUGGUUUUCAAGUUCAGUGAAGUCGAGAUUGCAGUACUUAGGACCACAGCCAGGCAUUCCGGUUCUAGAUGAUGAGCACGUUAAGGGUGUUCAUCUCGAUCCAUUAGCUGGCCCAGUAGAUGCCUUUUGCCUUCUGGUUCUUGAUCCGGAAAAGGUUGAUUAUUUGAACCUGAAAAGCAAUCAAAGGUUGAUGUUUACAAGACAAAAUGACGAUGGAUCCAACGAUUGGAUGGCAGUAAAAGUUAGCCCUUAA